GAUACGAGGAAUUCCGUCAGUCAGUGUAACCAAAAUUUACUUCCGUGAAUCAUGAAUUAAACGUUACAGAUAAACAAACCGAAAUGGGGCAGGGUAAAAGUCAGUUUACGGAAGAAGAACUGCAGGACUACGAGGACUUGACAUAUUUCACCAAAAAAGAGGUGCUUUAUGCACAUCAGAAAUUCAAAGCACUGGCGCCGGAAAAAGUGGGACACAACAAGAAUGCCAAACUGCCAAUGAGCAAGAUCCUGCAGUAUCCUGAGUUGCAGGUGAAUCCUUUUGGCGAACGGAUAUGCAAAGUUUUUAGUUCUAGUCAAGAUGGUGAUUGUACAUUUGAGGAUUUUCUGGACAUGAUGUCCGUUUUUAGUGAGGCUGCCCCUAGGAUGGUUAAAGCUGAGCAUGCCUUUAGAAUAUAUGAUUUUGAUGGAGAUGAUAUGUUGGGAUAUUCAGACUUAAAACAGGUUGUUGAGAAGCUUAUUGGUGAUAAUAGGUUGUCUGAGUCUGAAAUGCAACUUCUGAUCAACAACAUUUUAGAGGAGGCUGAUUUGGAUGACGACAGAGCCCUUUCCUUUGCUGAGUUUGAACACAUUAUUGAUAGGUCUUCAGACUUUUUAAACGCAUUUAGAAUCCGUUUGUAAAUAUUAAGACUGAAUUUAUGUUCUCUAUUUGAUGGAUCUUUUGAUAUUCAACCCUUUUUGUUGAUUUGAAAUAUACUUGAUUAAACCAA